GUGCUGAGUCCUUCUUGACCACGGAGUACAAGUACCUGGCCGUCUUCAUGAGCGGAUUUUCCGUGAUCAUCUUCCUCUUCCUCGGAUCUGUCGACAACUUCGAUAAGCAGGGUAUCGCCAACGCUGGUUUCAGCACCUUGGCCUUCAUCCUUGGGGCUCUGACCUCAACAGGAUCCGGAUACCUCGGCAUGAAGAUCGCUACAUAUGCCAACGCGAGGACCACCUUGGAAGCCAGGAAAGGAAUUCCUGCGGCAUUUGUCGCUGCAUUCCGCGCUGGAUCGGUCAUGGGUUUCCUCCUGUCGGCGAACGGACUGCUUGUGUUGUUCUUGACCAUUCUCGCGUACAGGAAGUACUACGGCGAUGACUGGGCCGGUCUUUACGAGUCCAUCACAGGCUACGGUCUUGGUGGUUCAUCUGUGGCCCUGUUUGGUCGUGUUGGCGGUGGCAUUUACACCAAGGCUGCUGAUGUCGGUGCGGAUCUCGUGGGCAAGAUUGAGAGGAACAUUCCCGAGGACGAUCCCAGGAACCCUGCUGUUAUCGCUGACAACGUGGGAGACAAUGUGGGUGACAUUGCUGGCAUGGGUUCUGACCUGUUCGGCUCUUUUGCCGAGUCGACCUGCGCGGCCCUUGUGAUCUCGGCCCUGUCUCAGCCUGGGAAGGACCAUGAUUUCUCCGCCAUGUGCUUCCCUCUUCUGGUCAGCGGUGCCGGUAUUCUCGUGUGCCUGAUCACCACCAUCAUCGCCACGGAUAUUCAGCAAGUGAAGGAGAAGGCUGAGAUUGAGCCGGCAUUGAAGAAGCAGCUGGUCAUCUCCACUGUGCUGAUGACUCCUGUGAUCUUCCUCGUUGCGUUCUACGCUCUUCCGCCUACCUUCAAGAUCACAGUUGUCGGACAGGGCGACAAGGUUGUUCAGAACUGGUACGCAUUCGCGUGCGUCGCAUCGGGACUUUGGGCUGGGCUCCUUAUCGGUUUCGUCACCGAGUACUUCACGAGCAAUGCUUAUGUGCCUGUUCAAGACGUUGCUGACUCUUGCCGUACUGGUGCGGCAACCAACAUCAUCUUUGGCCUUGCCCUUGGCUACAAGUCGGUUAUUAUUCCGGUGUUCGCUAUUGCUGCUGCGAUCUACGUGAGCUUCCAGUUCGCUGGCAUGUACGGCAUUGCCCUGGCUGCUCUUGGCAUGCUGAGCACUCUUGCAACUGGUCUGGCCAUUGAUGCGUAUGGGCCAAUCAGUGACAAUGCUGGUGGCAUUGCUGAGAUGGCGGGUAUGGGUGAGGAGAUCCGUGAGCGCACCGAUGCUCUGGAUGCUGCUGGAAACACCACUGCUGCUAUUGGCAAGGGCUUUGCCAUUGGUUCUGCUGCACUCGUGUCCCUUGCUCUGUUUGGAGCUUAUGUCAGCCGGGCCAAGGUUAACGUGGUCAAUGUUACUGAGCCCCAGGCCUUCGUCGGGCUCCUUGUUGGUGCUAUGCUGCCCUACUGGUUCUCUGCCAUGACCAUGAAGAGUGUGGGCAAGGCUGCUCUUGCAAUGGUGGAGGAGGUCCGUCGCCAGUUCAACACGAUGCCCGGCCUGAUGGAGGGAACCACGAAGCCAGACUACAAGAAGUGCGUGGAGAUCUCAACUGCUGCCUCUCUGCGUGAGAUGAUUCCCCCUGGCGCGCUUGUGAUGCUCAGCCCUGUGAUUGCGGGAACCCUGUUUGGAACCACCACCCUGGCUGGCAUGCUGGCGGGUGCGCUGGUGUCUGGCGUCCAGAUUGCCAUUUCUGCGUCCAACACUGGUGGUGCGUGGGACAAUGCCAAGAAGUACAUUGAGGCUGGAAACUCUGCUCAUGCCAAGAGCCUUGGUCCCAAGGGCUCUGAUCCCCACAAGGCUGCAGUUAUUGGCGACACUGUUGGUGAUCCGCUGAAGGACACAUCAGGCCCGUCCCUGAACAUUCUGAUCAAGCUGAUGGCUGUGGAGUCGCUGGUGUUUGCUCCCUUCUUUGCCACCCAUGGCGGCAUCAUCUGGGGUGGCAAGUAG